AUGGUAUUUAAGCUUGCACGUAGCUUAUUCCCACAACAUCGACGAGUGAUCAGGUAUUUGAAUAUGAGUAGUGACCAAGCUGCCCCUGCCGCCGCCACCCCGCAACUCGAACCGGGGAUGGUGAUGGGUGCCGAUGGCGUACCCCGCCAAAAGACCCCCAAGGAAUUGGAAAAGGAACGGAAAAAGGCCGAAAAGCUCGCCAAGUUCGAAGCCAAGAAGAAGGCUCAAGAGGAAGCGGCUAAGAACGCUGCUCCUAAGAAGCCCAAGAAGGAAAAGAAGGUCGCCGAACCCGUACCCCAAUGGGAAGACAAGACCCCUGCGGGUGAAAAGAAGAUCUUGGCUUCGCUUGAAGACCCUGCGUUCAAGGCUUACGUCCCCGCUAACGUGGAACUGUCGUGGUACGCGUGGUGGGACAAGCAAGGGUUCUUCAAGCCCGAAUUGGUUGGUGGUAAGGUCAAGCCUGAAGGCGCCUUCUCCAUCCCUGCCCCUCCUCCUAAUGUUACUGGUGCUUUGCACAUUGGACAUGCCCUUACCAUUGCCAUCCAAGACUCGCUUAUUCGUUUCUACCGGAUGAAGGGGUUGACCACCUUGUGGUUGCCUGGUUUCGACCACGCCGGUAUUGCCACUCAAUCGGUGGUGGAAAAGCAAGUGUGGGCCAAGGAAAAGAAGACCAGACACGACUACGGUCGGGAAAAGUUCAUUGACAAGGUCUGGGAAUGGAAGGAAGAGUACCACAACCGGAUCUCGGGUCAAGUGAAGAAGCUCGGUGCUUCCUACGACUGGUCGAGAGAAGCUUUCACUCUUGACCCUCAGCUUUCCAAGGCCGUCACUGAAGCCUUCGUCAGAAUGCACGAAGAUGGUACCAUUUACCGGGCUCUGAGAUUGGUGAACUGGUCGGUGAAGCUCAACACUGCCAUCUCCAACUUGGAAGUGGAAAACAAGACCAUCCCCGGUAAGACUCUCGUGGCUGUCCCCGGUUACGAUGAAAAGGUUGAAUUCGGUGUGCUUACUUCGUUCUCGUACCCCGUGGAAGGUCUGGAUGAAAAGAUCACCGUGGCCACCACUCGUCCCGAAACUAUGUUCGGUGACACUGGUGUUGCUGUGCACCCCGAAGACCCCCGUUACAAGCACUUGCACGGCAAGUUCGUGUUGCACCCUUUCUUGGACCGUAAAAUCCCCAUUGUCACUGAUGCUGAAGCCGUUGACAUGGACUUCGGUACUGGUGCCGUGAAGAUCACUCCUGCCCAUGACCAAAACGAUUACAACACCGGUAAGCGUAACAACUUGGAGUUCAUCAACAUUUACACCGAUGACGGGUUGUUGAACGAAGCUUGUGGCCCCGAAUGGGCUGGCAUGAAGCGUUUCGAUGCUAGAACUAAGGUGAUCGAAGCCCUCAAGGAAAAGGGUUUGUUUGAAGGCCAAGAAGACAACGAAAUGACCUUGCCCACUUGCUCGAGACUGGGUGACAUCAUCGAACCUUUGCUUAAGCCUCAAUGGUGGGUUAACCAACAAGAAAUGGCUAAGGAUGCCAUCAAGUUGGUUAAGGAUGGCAAGAUUAAGAUCUCUCCCGCCACUUCCGAAGCUGACUACUUCCAAUGGUUGGAAAACAUUCAGGACUGGUGUAUUUCUCGUCAAUUGUGGUGGGGUCACCGUUGUCCCGUCUACUUCGUCCACAUUGAAGGCCAAGAAGCCGACAAGUUGGACAACAACUACUGGGUUGCUGGUCGUAACCAGGAAGAAGCCGAAGCCAAGGCCAAGGCUAAGUUCGGUGACGCUAAGUUCACUUUGGAACAAGAUGAAGACGUGUUGGACACUUGGUUCUCGUCUGGUUUGUGGCCCAUCUCCACUUUGGGAUGGCCCGAAAAGACCCCCGACAUGGAGACUUUCGCUCCUUUCUCGAUGUUGGAAACCGGGUGGGACAUUUUGUUCUUCUGGGUGACGAGAAUGAUCUUGAUGUGUCACAAGUUGACCGGCGAGGUUCCCUUCAAGGAAGUGUUCUGUCACUCGCUUGUGAGAGACGCUCAAGGGCGGAAGAUGUCGAAGUCGUUGGGUAACGUCAUCGACCCCUUGGAUGUCAUCACCGGUAUCCCCUUGCAAGGGUUGCACGACAAGCUUAAGGUGGGUAACUUGGACCCUCGCGAGCUCAAGAAGGCUAUGGAAGGUCAAAAGCAAUCGUACCCUAACGGCAUCCCCGAAUGUGGUACCGACGCCUUGCGUUUCGCUCUCUGCGCUUACUCUACCGGUUUGAGAGACAUCAACUUGGACAUUUUGCGGGUUGAAGGUUACAGAAAAUUCUGUAACAAGAUCUACCAAGCUACUAAGUUUGUCCUCGGUAAGCUUGGCGAUGACUACAAGCCUCCCGCCACUGCGGCCUUGACCGGCAAGGAAUCGUUGGUUGAACAAUGGAUCUUGUACAAGUUGACUCAUGCUGCUAAGGCUGCCAACGACCACAUGGAAGCUCGUGAAUUUGGUGAUGCCACCAAGGUCAUCUACCAGUUCUGGUACGACUUGUGUGACGUCUACAUCGAAAACUCGAAGGCGCUUAUGGAAGGUCUGCCCGAACAAAAGGCGUCAGCCCAAGCCACUCUUUACACCUGUAUCGACUCGGCCUUGCGGUUGAUCCACCCGUUCAUGCCUUUCGUUACUGAAGAAAUGUGGCAGAGAUUGCCUCGUCGUCAAGGCGACGACACCCCCUCGAUCGUGGUGGCUAAGUACCCCCAAUACGUCAAGGAAUACGACAACGCCGAAGCUGCUACCCACUAUGAAUUCGUGUUGGACGUUGCCAAGGGUAUUAGAUCGUUGUUGGCCCAAUACAACAUCAUCAAGAAUGGCCAAGCUUUUGUGGAAACUGCCGACGCUGGCCAAUACGAUGUGGCAAACGCUCAAGUCGACUCGAUCGCUGCUCUCAUCAAGGGUGUGGAAAAGAUCACCGUGGUGAAGCAGGCUUCGGAUGUGCCCCUGGGUUGCGCGGUGUUGUCGGUGUCGCCCUCUUGUAACGUUCACGUGUUGGUGAAGGGUCAAAUCGACAUCGACGCCGAAAUCACCAAGGUGCAAAAGAAGUUGCAAUCGGCUGAAGAAGCCAUUGGCAAGACUAAGGAUGCCAUGGCUAAGUUCAACGACAAGACCCCGCAAGCGGCCAAGGACGCUUCCGCUACGAGAAUGGAGAAGUUGACCGCCGAAGUCGAAGGUUACAACCAAACUGUCGCCAUCUUGGAAAAGCUUAAGUUGUAG